CGGCCUCUUUUUCUAAUGAUAUGUAACGGAUCUUAAAAUGGAACAAAAUUACCGAAAAAACAUGUUCGUUUUUCGUCGGUGGCCCUGAAAUUCCCCGGAACCAACACACAUAAAAUGCUACUCUCACUCUCACAACGCUCUCACCUUCGCUACUUCCACUCCCUCUCCCACUCCUCCAUCUCCUCAAUCUCUUUCACCUUCUGACAAUCCUCCGCCGCUCCAUGGCCACCGCCGCCGAGCCCAUCGUCAGCCCAUCAAAGACCCGCGUGGGCUGGAUCGGUACCGGAGUCAUGGGCCGCUUCAUGUGCGCCCAUAUCAUCAACGCUGGCUACUCUCUCACCGUCUUCAACCGCACUCUUGCCAAGGCCCAACCCCUCGUCGACUUGGGGGCCCACCUGGCCAACUCCCCCCUCGCCGUCGCUUCCCAAUCCGACGUCGUCUUUACCAUCGUCGGCUACCCCUCCGAUGUCCGCUCAGUUCUCUUGGACCCCACCUCCGGAGCACUCGCCGGCCUCCGCUCUGGGGGUGUCCUCGUUGACAUGACCACCUCGGAGCCCUCCCUUGCCAUCGAGAUAGCCACCGCCGCAGCUGCCAAGGGUUGUGCCUCGAUUGAUGCUCCUGUAUCCGGCGGCGAUCGUGGAGCGAAGAACGCUACACUGGCUAUCUUCGCCGGCGGCGAUGAAACCGUGGUUCAACGACUGAAUCCACUAUUUGCCCUCUUGGGUAAGGUUAAUUAUAUGGGCUCUCCGGGAAGAGGACAGUUUGCGAAGCUAGCGAACCAGAUAACCAUAGCUUCGACCAUGGUGGGGUUGGUGGAAGGUAUGGUUUAUGCUCACAAAGCGGGUCUCGAUGUGGGUUUGUUUUUGAAUGCGAUAUCCACCGGUGCCGCCGGGUCAAAGUCUCUGGAUUUACAUGGGCCUCGGAUUCUUAAGAGGGAUUUCGAGCCCGGGUUCUAUGUGCAUCACUUCGUUAAGGACUUGGGGAUUUGUUUGAAGGAGUGCCAGAACUUGGGGCUUGCUCUUCCUGGGUUGGCCUUGGCUCAGCAGCUUUACCUCUCGUUAAAGGCUCAUGGGGAAGGGAAUUUGGGAACCCAAGCUGUUAUUUUGGCUCUGGAGCGGCUUAACAAUGUUACCCUUGAAGCUGCUUCUGCUCCAGCAACUUAAAUCGAUGAAUUGAAUAAUAAGAUGAUGAUGAGAUGAUUGUGGGCAGACAAUUGAACUCAUGUAAUACCCUAUAUUAUGAAUAUAUGAAUAAUAUUCACGUUAAAAAUAUUUAUCUU